AUGAGGAGGAGCAGGGGAGAGGAGAGCAGGGAGGAAGAGCAGCAGGGGGGAGGAGGCGGAGCAGAGAGGAGGAGCAGGGGCGAGGAGGAGCAGGGGGAGGCGGAGAAGGAGCAGGGGAGAGGAGAGCAGGGAGGAAGAGGAGCAGGAGGGAGGUGGAGCAGGGGGGAGGAUGAGGGGGAGCAGGGGAGAGGAGAGCAGGGAGGAAGAGGAGCAGGGGGAGGAGCAGGGGCGAGGAGGAGCAGGGGGAGAAGGAGCAGGGGAGAGGAGAGCAUGGAGGAAGAGGAGCAGGAGGGAGGUGGAGCAAGGGGGAGGAUGAGGGGGAGCAGGGGAGAGGAGAGCAGGGAGGAAGAGGAGCAAGGGGAGGGAAGCAGAGAGGACGAGGAGGAGCAGGGGGAGGAGGGAGGAAUAGGAGGAGCAGGGGGGAGGAGGAGAAGAAGCAGGGGAGAGAAGAGCAGGGAGGAAGAGGAGCAGGAGGGAGGGGGAGCAGGGGGGAGGAUGAGGGGGAGCAGGGGAGAGGAGAGCAGAGAGGAAGAGGAGGAGAAGGGGCGAGGAGGAGCAGGGGGAGAGGGGGAGAGGAGAGCAGGAUGGAAGGGGAGCAGAGAGGAGGAGCAGGGGCGAGGAGGAGCAGGGGGAGGAGGAAGAGGAGGCGGAGGGGAAGGGGGAAGAGGAGGAGGUGGAUGA